AAUGCAAGUGCAAAAAGACAUAGUCGUGCCAAAACCUUAAAUUAUUAUGUGCGAGGAAAAAAAAAAAAAGGAAGCGAAAUAUGUUGCUAUGCCUCAUAAAUAAGAUCCCAUUUUCGUGUCAUAGAAAUAUUUGGAUGAACUCAAAUUAAAAAAUUAAAAUAUACCUUAUUUUAAAAUAGAAGAUGUAAAUUAUAAGUCAAAAUAUUAGGUUUUCGAUGAUUGGAAGAAUGCAUAUAAAUAUUUCAAUAAUAAUUACUCUAAUCUUAAUUAUUAUUGUAGAUAUAUAAGUGAUUAAAACUUUAGUAUAUAAGAAAAAGAUAUUGAUGAAGUAUUUAGAUUAUUAAUAAUAAUAGAAGGUAGACAAACUAUAAGAUUAAAUUCUUAGAUAACUAGAUUAAAUGAGAGAAAAGUUAAAAGAGAAUCUAAAAGAAUUUAAAAAGUAUUAUCAAGAAAAAGUAGAAAAGUAUUCAAAGCCUUUUGAUAAAAUAAAAGACGAUUAUGAGAAAUUUAAACAUAAUCUAUCAACAUUUAAAUAAGAUGAGAAAAAAUCUUUAGAUUCUUUGAAAUAAUCACUAAAACCUUUUGUUAAGAAAUUAGUUUAAACAGAAAGCAAAGAAGACUUUAAAAAAGAUCAAAUUGUAGAAAAAGUAGAUGAUUUAAGGAAAAAUCAACCCUAUUAGUAAAUGUUAAUAUUAUUUUAAGUAUUAAUUCACAAAUCUGGGAUACAUAUUAAUAAAUGAUUGAAAGAUCCAUUAUUGAAUUAUAAGACUCUUAUAUUUCAAAAAAUUCCUUUUAACAAACUUAAAUUCCAAAUAAGGGUUUCAUAUUUUAAAUCUUUCAAAGAAUAAAACAUGAUAAAACUUUCGAAUAGGAACCAAAUUAAUUGUAGCAUCUAUUGACUGAUAAAUUAAGACCCCUAUUUUCAUGUUCAAGUGAAGAUUUAUUAAAAAAUCUUUAUAAUAAUAAGGAUGAUUUAAAAAACAAUGUCAUUAUUGCUUUAAUUAGAACAUCUACAGAUUAAGUAAAAUCAAUCAUUAUUUUAAUAGAGUAUUGGAUUUUAUUAUAAUGCAAAACAAAAAUCUAAAUCUUUGUUAUUUAGUCUAACAAAAAAUAUAAUUCUCCCUGUCAAAGAUGGAUUUGAGUUAGAAAUGGCAGAACAUGAGUCAUAAUCACCGACAUUGAAAUUUGGAUAAGAUUUAAUCUUAACUAGUGAUUUUAAAAAAUGCACCUCAAUUUUAGGGGAUGCAUUUGACUUAAGAGGAGUAGAUUAUAAGAUUGCCGAAAAAGCUACAUAUUUAGCUAAUGGAGUAUAUUUUGAUAUUGAACACUUUGAACUCUAUCGUAUUGAGGAUGAAGACCUAUUAAAACCAAUCCAACUACAAAUUCAUAAAGGUCCACCAUUUUUACCACAAAAUUAACAACAAUAAGAUAUACGAACAACAAAUUUUGUCCCUCAAAAAUGAA